AUGUGUCCCACUGGCCUUGAAAGGGUUAAAUCAAUUGAAGAAAUAAAUCAACAAAUUCAAUAUAUAUCAAAUAAAACAUCAAAUUAUUUAUUAAUUCAUCAUGGACUUGAUUAUUUAAUAAAAAUAAAUUAUUUAACUGAACAACGUCUUGAACAAGAUAGUCCAUUAACAGGAUAUUUACAAUAUAUAUUACUGGAAGUUGUACUUAAACAUGAAUAUAUACAAUGUGGACCAAUAAAUAAUAAUCAUAGAAGAAAAAUACCACGAGCUGAUUUAGUUUCAUUAAGAUCAACAACACAAGGGAAAUUAAAAACAAAAUCAAUUAGUCCAUUAUCAAGUUUAGCUAAACAUCAAAAAUUAUCAUCAAAAUUAACAACAACAAAUGAAUCAUCAAUAUCAAAAAAAACUUCAUCAAUAACACCUGUAGAAAAAAAUUUUGAUGUUAUAGAAUUUACUUUUGAUAAUCGUAUUUUAAUUAAUGAUAAUCAAGAAAAUGAAUUUAUGACACAUAUAUCAAUAGUUGCAAAUAAAGAUUAUCCAACAUUACUUGAUAUAUUUGUUCAUGCUAACGUUCUUAAAAUUCUUGCACAACAUUUUGCUCGUAAUUAUCCAUCAAUACAAUCUUACGAUGAAUGUUUGACAUCAUCAUCGUCAAAUACAAAUAUAUUCGAUAAAAUAAAUUUCUUUCAUUUUUCACCAUUAGUUUCAACAUCAUCAUCAUCUACAAAUUCUUCAAAUAAUAUGACAAUGCUAUAUUAUGUACUUAUAACAUUUUUAAUAUUUCUCCAUUUACCAAAUUAUGCAUGUGCUAUGUUAUAA